AUGGUGGAGGCGCACUCAAGGCAGCGCUCCAGGCACCUGUCGCGCGGGGAAAUGGAAGAGCUGGCUGAGCAACUUGUGAAGCUGGGGUCGGGCCCUGGCAACGGGAGACUGACGUUCAUGGAGCGCCUCGCGAGUCGGCUGGAACAGAAGAAGAUAUCCAUCCCCAGCGUCACUGUUGAAGUGCGGAAUCUUUCGGUCGAGGCUGACGCUGUGGUCGGCUCUCAAGCCAUCCCCUCUCUGACCAACGCUGCAUUGCAGGCCGUGACGGGAAUGUUCAGCAAGCUGACUUGUGCACCAUCCGAGAAAAAGCAGAUGCACAUAUUGAAGGGCAUCAGCGGUGUGUUUAAGCCAGGUCGCAUGUCAUUGGUUCUUGGGGCUCCUGGGUCUGGAAAAAGCGUGCUGUUGAAAGCAUUGGCAGGAAGGCUGAAGGCUCAAAACAGUUUAAAGGUCUCUGGCAGCAUUCGGUACAAUGGCGCACAGCAAAACGAGUUCAUAAUUGAAAGGACAACAGCACAUGUCGAGCAAUUGGACAACCACUUGGGGACCAUGUCUGUCCAUGAAACCCUGACCUUCGCCCACAGGUGUCAGGUGGGCUAUGAAGGUCCAGACUGGAAUCUGAGCAAAGAGUUCAACCAGGCAGCUGCUCCUUUGAAUGGACAGCGUCAUGCAGAGGCUGGAGCAAAUGAGCAGGAAUUGGAUGAUAUUGAACAUGGUGAGACUGCGAAUCUCUGCCCAGGCACUGCAUCAGCAUCACUUCCAGCAGCUGCAGACCUGCCUGAUGACGAAUUCGAUGCCUUUAUACAGAAGAUUUGGGGCACUGCUGUAAAGGUGGAGGCGAUCAUCAAAUUUCUAGGUUUGGAGCGUUGCAAGGACACGAUGGUUGGUGACAGCAUGACAAGAGGCAUCAGUGGAGGAGAGAAGAAGAGGCUCACAAGUGCUGAGAUGCUUGUGGGUCCCAAGACCGUUCUUUUGAUGGAUGACAUUUCCACAGGACUGGAUUCGGCCACCUUGUUCUCUGUCAUCAAGUGGCUGCGGCAAGCAACACACUCACUGAGGCUGACAACAAUUAUCACCCUUUUGCAGCCUCCUCCUGAGACGUUUAUGCAAUUCGAUGACAUCUUGAUGCUUGCAGAAGGGCAUUCUGUUUUCCAUGGGCCUGUGUCCCAGGCAGUUCCUUUCUUCACAUCGCUUGGAUUCCAAUGCCCAGUGCGCAAGGACUCUGGAUCUUUCUUGCAAGAAGUGACCACCCCAAUCGGGCAGCGACAGUAUGCAGGAGAUGACCUCAAGAGGUCAAAGGGAAUCGCACUGGAUGCUCCUCCACCUGAAGCUGACGAUCCUCUCAAUGCACCAAAAGAGCUCCUGAUUUCUUUGGAGGAGAUAGGUGAUGCGUAUUGGAAUACAUCGGAAGCAGGCCAAGUCAUGAAAGCGUCACUGGACCAGCCCUUCGCAAGGGAGGAAAGUCACCCGAAGGCACUGGUGAACAAGAAAUAUGCGAUGUCGCCAUUGCAGGCAAUUUGGACACUUACCCUCCGCCAAAUGAUGAUCACUGCCAGGGACAAAAUUCUGGCAAGGGGCAGAAUGGCACAGGUUGUUAUUGUUGGCCUCCUUAUCGGGUCCCUGUAUUGGGACCUGGAAAGGAGCCCACGAGGAGCUCUGCCAUUCUUUGGUGUGAUGUUCAUCAUGAUGUUAUUCAUGUCCUUGGGAGCGCUUCCACAGCUCUUCAUUGUGCUUCAAAAUAAGCCAGUGUUCUUCAAGCACCAGGAGAACUUCUUCUAUUCCUCUGUGAGCUAUGUGUAUUCCAUAGCGAUCACCCAGAUUCCGUUCUCUUUCAUGGAAGCCACAGUCUUCUCGCUGAUCACAUAUUUCAUGGUGGGACUGAGCACAGAUUCGGCCAAGUACUUCUUCAUGUUCUGGCUGAUUCUGUUCCUGUCAAACAUCACGGCAACAUCGGUUUUCCGUCUCGUUGCCUGUGCAUUUCCAAAUGCAGUGAUCGCCUUUGCAGUGGCUGGCACAACCCUACUGAUGCUGAUGGCCACUGCAGGCUUCACAAUCACACGCCAGUCUAUUCCUGGAUGGUGGAUAUGGGCAUAUUGGAUCAGCCCAUUCGCCUAUGGAUACAGAGCCCUUGCAAUCAACGAAAUGACAUCGCCAUCAUGGGGGGAUUUUGGCACACAAGCCCUGGACAUACUGGAGUUCCACACAGACCGGAAAUGGAUCUGGAUCGGUGCCGUGUACCUGAUUGCAGCGUUCUUUGUUUGCACCACCCUUUCGGCUAUUGCUUUGCACUACAGAAGGGAAGUAAAGAAGCACGCUGUCAUAAUCGACAAGGAUGCUGUGGAACAUGCGAGGAAAUUGGCAUGGGAUCGCAGACAGCGAAUGAAAAAGCGGAUUGAACAAGAGGGUAUUGAGCUGAUGGUAGAUGCAGAGAAAGGCACAGCAGGUGGCAUGCAGGAAUACAGCGUUUCCCGUGCGCUGCCUUUUGAGCCCAUUACAAUAGUAUACAAGAACAUCAGAUACUUUGUGGAUGUCCCAAAGCAGCUCAAGAAUGAUAAACGAGUUGUGGGAGGGAAACUGCAACUGCUGCAGGGGAUCACAGGUUAUGCACGUCCUGGUUCGUUGGAUGCAUUGAUGGGCGGCACAGGUGCAGGAAAGACGACAUUAAUGGAUGUUUUGGCAGGCCGCAAGACUACAGGCGUAAUCGAGGGGGAACUGCUUGUAAAUGGAUACCCAAAGGAGCAAAAGACUUGGAGCAGGGUGGUUGGAUAUGUGGAGCAGACAGAUUCCCACUCACCCGCAGUAACUGUUCGUGAAGCUCUGGAAUUCUCAGCCAGGUUGCGUUUGGAUACCUCUGUAACGUACGACAAGGCGAUGGCUGUUGUUGACGAGGUGCUGUCUAUCGUGGAUCUCACUGACAUUCAGCACUCCAUAGUUGGAGUGAAGGGAUUGUAUGGACUUUCCUAUGAGCAGAGGAAAAGACUCAGCAUUGCUGUGGAGCUUGUUGCAAACCCCAGUGUUGUUUUCAUGGAUGAACCUACAACAGGGCUGGAUGCACGUGCUGCGUCUACUGUCAUCCGAGCAGUGAAAAAUGUGGCCCUGAAUGGUCGGACAGUCAUCGUCACCAUUCACCAACCUUCAAUCGACAUAUUUGAGACUUUCGACAAUCUGAUGCUCAUACAAAUGGGGGGAAGCGUCAUAUACUUCGGGCCAUUGGGACAUGAAAGCACCCAGCUGAUUCAGUACUUGCAGAGCAUACCCCACGUUCCCAAGCUGCAACCUGGAUACAAUCCGUCAACCUGGAUGCUUGAGUGCACUGGUGGCGCCAUGACGACAAUGGUGGAUGCAGUUGAUGAAGACUUUACUGCGGCAUACCAGGACAGUGAACUGUUCAAGAUCAAUGCUGCUGAGGCAGAGCGUUUGUGCACCUCACUGAAGGAGCGCUGCUCCCCCCUCAAGUUGUCAACCGUUUUCGCUGUUCCUCCCAGCCUCCAGGCGAAGGUCCUUUUGCACAAGUUCUUUGUGUCCUACUGGCGCUCUCCAGCAUAUAAUCUUGUACGCAUGAUUAUGACCGCCGUCGUAGCACUGGUGUUUGGGUCGCUGUAUUAUGGGGAGGGCGACAUUCCCCGUGACUCAGAUGGAACAACUGAAGUUGCGAACGUGCAGAACAUCAUGGGUGUCCUGUUCGUUGCAAUGUCGUUCAUGGGAAUGACCAACCUGAUCACGGUUCUGCCUGUUGUGGCGGCUGAGCGAGAGGUCUACUAUAAGGAGCGAGCAGCAUCGAUGUACCAGGCUGCUCCCUACGCUUUGGCGUCCGGAUUGGUGGAGUUGCCUUAUCUCGCAGCUCAGGCGUUGGUGUUCACCCCCAUUGUGUACUUCAUGAUACAAUUCGAAGUCAGCUUUGAGAAGAUCGUGUUCUUCUUCAUCAUGUUUCUGGAAAGCCUGUCCCUGUACACGUUCUAUGGCCAAAUGCUAGUGUACCUCACGCCAGUGCCAGAGAUUGCGCAAGUCCUUGGAGCAUUCUCGCACUUCGUUUGGACCUUGUUCAAUGGCUUCCUGAUUGCGGAAUCCGAGAUGCCACGAGGCUGGAGGUGGAUGAAUACGAUUGUUCCCACGACGUACAUCGUACAUGGGCUGACUGCCAGCGAGCUGGGUGACAACAAUGCCCAACUGUCCACCUUUGCAGGAAAUCUGACCGUGUCGCAGUUCAUCAAGGACAGGUUCGACUUCGACCACAGUUUUCGGUGGUGGUGUGUGGGAAUUAUGUUCCUGUUCAUUGUGGUAGUGCGGGUGUUGACAGUGGUGGCUGUAACCUCUCUGAACUAUCAACGGCGCUGA